AUGCGAGCGAAUAGUCUUAUCGUAACGGUGGCUAUACUACUGGCAGUACCGUCUGACUGUGUUACAACGCCUCAACGAUUGAUCUGCUACUUCUCAAACUGGAGCCAUGCACGGCCGAACGAAUAUUCCUACCAAGUAGAGGACAUCCCGGGCAAACUGUGUACGCAUGUGGCGUACACGUUCGUCGGCUUGGAUGAACCUACAUCGGCAGUGGUGUCGCUCAAACCGGAGUACGAUGAAGCGCAAAAUGGGUUCGAACGCUUCCGUGACCUGAAGACGUCUUUCCCCCACCUCAAGCUGAUCGUGUCCGUGGGCGGUUGGACACACGGUGGUGCCGCCUUCAGUAACAUGUCUGCUGCAAGGCAGUCCCGACUACGGUUUGUCGCUAGCGCUGUGGCGUUUAUGGAGCGGUACGAGCUGGAUGGGUUUGAAAUAGUGUGGCUCUGGCCUGGUGCACCCGAACGCGGAGGAAAGCCGGAGGAUAAGGACAAUUUUUACCAUCUCGCUAACGAGUUGAGGGACGGAUUUAGGCGCGUCGGUAAAGGUUGGGAACUGGCCAUCCAGGUACCGGUGGAUUGGGCACGUAUAGCCGUCGGAUAUCAGCAAGAAUGGUUGUGCGGAGCUGCUGACUUUAUACACCUGGCCGGGUAUGAUUUGCGUGGCUACUGGACGGGACGUGUGGACAUUCAUAGCGCUCUGAUGCGUAGAUCGCACGAUCAUGACUAUUUCUUCACCUUCAACAUACAGAACGGUGUCGCAUCCUGGCAGGGUAAAGGUUGCCGGCCCGAGCAGAUGGUGCUGGGUCUCCCGACGUUUGCCCGCACUUACACGCUUCAAAACUCCACCGGCACCAAACCGGGCGCGCAAGCGAGCGGUCCCGGUGAAGCAGGCCUGAUAACGAAGGAACCGGGACUGUUGGGCUACUUUGAGUUGUGCGAGCUGCUGAAGGAGCACAACUGGACGGCCGGGUGGGACAAAGCGGGGGAAGCGCCGUAUGUCUAUCGCGGGGAUCAAUGGGUUGGUUACGAGAACGAGGAAUCGCUGUCGGUGAAAUCCGGUUGGAUACAAGCGAUGGGAUUGGGUGGCGUCUAUGCGUACACGCUGGAUCUGGAUGACUAUCGCGGUAACUGUGGUGAAGCUUAUCCUCUUCUGCGCAGUAUUCAUCGCACUUUGCGGAUCGAUACGGAUGCAAAAGAUGAGAUUGAUUUUGCCAUAUUUAGACAGUAG